AUGACGGUGAUCCCCUCAGUUCUCGAGCUCAUCCAGCGAGUCUUGCCCAUUCAGCGAAGGCGAAAUGCUUCUCCAGUGAAUUCAAAUGAAAAGCGAUCGACACCAGCUUCUCGAGGAAAUCUCUUGCCCUUUUUCACCUCAUUGAUGUGGUUUUUCGUUGUGUUGUUGGUGUUAUCAGCGUUGAUCUCUCCCGCCGCCGCUCGUGAGCAGCGACUUUGCGGCCGAAAGCUCACCAAGCUUCUCCAAGAGAUUUGCAAGAACCGAUUGAAUCCACCAACUGAUGCGCACAACUCGGAGAAUCGAAUCGGCGUGGCGACGAAAUGUUGUGAAGAAAGAUGCACUCUACAAUAUCUCCAAUCGUUUUGCGCUCCCGAGGCGGAACCAGACUAC